CCAGCUACGUCAUCGUGGUCUGUGAAAAGCGACAUGUCGCGAUCUUGCCUGUUGCUGUAUUUUUUUUUGCAACUACGAUUACGAAGGUGAUCACGUACUUGAUCUGCCUUAACAUUCUUCUCGCAAAACGCCCUGCAGGAUCAUUUUUGUAUGCCUACACUACGCUGGUGGGACCUGCUCUUGAACUUUUUUGUUGUUCGAUGAGUCAUUGCGCCACAAGAGAUCAAAAGUAUGUAAAAGCAACAUCAUCUUUAUCUUUUCUACCGCACUUCUCGACUGCAUCCCUCAUCACUAUUUCAAAUUCAAGAUGUUCCUAAAAUCCUCAAAAGGGGUGACAAAAAAGAACCCUCACCGGGUGGACCUCGAGGGGGUGCGUGCCGGUCUCCAGUACAACGUCCGGAUGCGUAACCCGUGGAUGGUGCAGGAGGGCCCGGAGGACUGGUCCGCGAAGCUGCGCCCGGCGCAGACGAGUCGCAUCACCGAUACGGUGAACACCCGGGAGCUGGUGAAUCACAUUCGGGCUCUGGAUAACGAGCUGCGGAUGCUGGACGGCUACGAGAUGCCGGGGUCGCAGGAGAAAGAAAUAGACCACGAUCAGCUGUACGAAGACGGGUUCUACGAGCACGUAAGGAAGGAAUCCCUGAGAAGGAAAACCGCAGUGUAUGCAAGAGAAAAACUGUGUCAGUGUAAAUCUGUGAUGCAGAACAUGCAACAGAGUUACACCUGUCAUGCCAGACAGCCAUGCCGUCCUCUUUUCAUGUGAGUGUGUUUUCCCUGGCUUACAAACCACGCAUGACAGGUUUUCUCUGUCAUGUAGAGCAAAUUUGUGAUGCUGCCAGCCAAAGAAAGUUACACGAAGAACGCAGUUUUUUUCGUGUAUACAGUGUCGCGGACCUACAACUACGACCCGGAGUUUGGAAAAAGACAGAGUACUAGACGGGAAACGAGAACGACAAAAACGUUGCCCACCGAACAGGAGCAAGCAGCAAGGCCAACGAAGACAAACGUUGGUGAUUUUCGAUCGAGUGUUCCUGCUGCGGCGCUGGUGGGUGCGGAUCAUAAAGUUUCUGCUGCAGCACUUGCAGAUACACUUACACAGCACCCGGCUGUUGAGAAGAUGCUGAACAGUAGCAACAGCGCAAAUGACAACUUCAUUGACCUUGCAUUGGCAGAAGAUGGCAGCAGUAGUACGUCCAGAAAGGCUCUGGUUUUUUCCGAGCGUGAAACAGCUUUUCCGAGGGCAACAGCAAGCAAGGUUUUGCACCCGGCCCCGCCGCCGGCGGAGAUCCAGACCCAGGUUGCAACAAACAAGUUGUUCCGGAAAACGCUAUCCUUCGAGGGAGAAAACUGUUUUAACAAGUCCCCACUACUGGCGCCGUCCCCAGCGGUUCCUCCACGACCUCCUGCUGCCGCGACGCCAAUAACGACCACGGGAGCUCAGCAACGACCGCACUCGCCGAACAUCAAUACGAGGCCACCGGCGGAACAGACGCAGAUGGGAUUGAAUAAUUACGCAACUCCUGCUCCAAGAACUGCACCCCCGACCGCACCGCCACCGAACACGACGGCGCCACCUGCUGCUGCAGCUGCUGCAUCACAGCCACCUGCUCCUAUUACUACAGCAGCCGCAGUUGUCGACGGUGGAGGAACUGGUGAUCCUCUACGGGACCAUUUCAUGGCUUUUUUCGAAUCCGACGAGGUAAUGAAGGUGUUGGAAUCGUUUGCGAAUUUCAAGUACCACUGUGAGCAGAGGUUGAAGCAAAAAAACGUCGACCCUAGGUCUUUUGACACGUCUGUCGCCAUGCUAGCCGCCGCAGCGGACUUGUCCGGGCUCUCGUUCCGCAUGAAGAAGGUGAUUAACGACCUGGUGCCGGUAAUGAAGAAGCGCAAAGCGUCGAAGGGGCUGAAGGACCCAAAUAUGAAGAUCGUGGUUUCCGGUGCUGGGCCCGUGGGGCUGCACACGGCUUUGGACAUCUACAUGCUCGGGUUUGCGAACGUCACGGUGGUGGAGAAGAGGAACAGCUUUUCCAGGCACAACAUCUUGACUAUGUGGCCGUGCACUGCGGAGCAUGUGCAGGUGGUGUAUAACUGCCGGGAAUUCUUCCCGUUGUUCUCGCAUAGAGACAAACUGCCGCAUUUGGGGACGAGGGAACUGCAAUUGACAUUAUUGAAGUGUGGUUUGCUCGUGGGCGUGAAAUACCUGUACAAUUGGGAGACGAUCGGGCUGGAAGCGCCGCCGGUUUCUGGGACCACAAACGGAGGAACGUGGACUGUCGGCUUGAAGAAGCCCCAAGGCAGGGUAGAGCCAACUGGGGUGUUGGAUUUGAAAGCCGGGAAAUUCGAGGAUGCGAAGGCGCGGGCGGCGGACGGAGCGUGUGGAAUGAUUGAAGUAAACACGUUCGACCCUACGUUUGCCGUGUCAAACGGAAAGCUUGCUGCUUCCAACCCUGACUUGACCAUCGGUGCGGACGUGCUCGUCCUGGCCGAGGGCGAAACCAGUGCGAACAGUAAAAAGCUCGGGUUCACGAAGAAGAUUCAGAAAUUUUCCCGCGCGAUAGCGAUCGUGCUGAACCUGUGGCGGGAUGCGAAAAACAAGGCGGAGAAUAAGGUGCAAGACUUUACUGUUCAAGGUGCGUUCAAUAGCCCCGCUGCAACGGCGUUGAAAGCGGCGGGGAUUGACUUUGAGUUCAUGGAAUACUUACGGGGGACAACGCACUACGUCGCGAUUUGUGUGAUGAAGAAGACGCUGCUCAGCAAGAAGGUCUGUAAGGAGGAUAUUGGCGGGAAGGAUUUCAUUGGGAGGAAUAACGUCAGCGAGGAGAACCUGUUCAAACUCGGCAGGGAAAUUGUCACAGCGAUUGGACUCCCGACGACCGUGCCCUUCUGUGAUUUCCACGGGGCGAAGUUGUUUGACUUCGGGUCUAGAAGUUCCUUACCAUUACCGUUUCGACUCCUUGGUGAGUCCACCGCAACACCGGGGAAAAUAUUAUCCAUGGACUACUCUGCCGAGCCGCGACUUGCUUUUGUGGAGACGAAUUUCUUGGAAAAAACUAUCGCUUGGCUGGACAGGACAGUCCUCGAAAGGAGGCACGGGCUGCGGUUUGUAUCGGACACGCAGAAAGCCAGAGAGACGACGACGAUCGAGAAAUUCGAGGCGGAAAGGAUGGAGUUGAAAGAGCAACUGAACAGUUUCAACACUGAUCUCGCCAUGGUGAAACGGGAAAAGCCAAAUCCGAAAAAACUUUUACCCAUCUUCCCCGUUGGCGACGCCUUGAUGGAGCCCUUCUGGCCCCAGGGAACAGGGAUCAACCGGGGCUUCCACACCGGUAUGGACGCGAGUUUCUGCAUUUUGCAGUACAACAUGGACCAGGAUUUGUCGCAGGCGUUACUGUCCGCGGACUUCUGCUACCGACAGAAAUCCUGUUUACUGUUAGGGCCGGAAUUGUCGCAGAAGGUGGACGAGUGGAACAGCCGGCCCUGGAGCCGGUAUCUGAACCUCGCCGGGAAGCUGCAGUCUUACACUAUGACCGAUCAGGAACUGGCGGCGGUCAAACCCGCGGCAAUCGACUUGGACCAGAAAACGCGAUUGCAGUGCAUCGAGAACCCCUGGCCAGUGAUUCCGAACUUCGUGGGGAAGCCGGGGCCGCUGCAGAAAUUCGUGUUAACGGCCAUAACGCCGGAAGAAGACAAGGAGAAAAUACAAGUCGCGUUCAAAGAGGCUUUGUACAUCCCCCGGCCGAUCAAAGCCUUUGGAAGGAGCUGCUGCCCAAAGGUGAUUGAGAAAAAGGUGACAAAGAAGGAUUUGAAGGCGGACGCGAAGAACGCGAUGAAAGAGGCAAGGUGAAAUGAGAAAGCCUUUGGUACGCGUAGGAUUUCUGUCUACCUCUACAUUAAUUGGCAGCUUGAUGGCAAUUGUCCAUGAUCUGUUUUACGCACGUUGACCUCUCCUGCACACUGCCUCUUGGCACGCCAUACACAGCUUGCACGUGAAUGCGGAGGGAAACAGUGGUCCUGUAAAAAAUCUUCAACGCCUGUUGCUGUCAAAGUACAUAAUGCAGCAGGCAACCUGAU